CCUCUCUCCCUCGCUCCCGCUUCGCCUCUAUUCCUGAAAGCUGUGCUUUCAAUUCUACCUGCUGCCCAUCUACUUCUAUUCUCUCUUUUCCUUUCAUUCUCAAUCAAAACAAGUCAUACAUCAUGGCUGGGGACGGUAAUCAAAACUGCAACCAAGAUCCCCAUUCCAGUUCCCAGAACCGUCUUCAUGACCAACACCACCACAAUCACCAUCAUCCCCACGGCUGGUCCGAAGAUGACAACCCGUUCGUCGCGAUCCGGCGUUUCGCCGACGAACAAAUCUCCUCCGUACUCCAAUCCGUGACCGGCCUCCCUUCCUCCACCAAUGCUCCCUCCGAACGCCUAGCAAUUCUCGAUGACGAUGCCCGGUACCGCCAACGAGCCACCGAAGCGGGCAAAGACACCAGCAACGUCGCAUCCGGUGAAGCUCCUCACCGUUCCUCUCCCAGCCAGACCACUACCGAUGCUCAAGCUCAAAACAACAAAUACGCGUCGCGCCCUCGAUCUGAUUGGGAAGACCCCUGGGCAGCUGCGCACCAUCACUUCCACCACUUUCCCCGCAACUACCGCAGCGACGCAGACUUCUUCUUCUCUGACUUCUUCGACCAAACCUGGCCCAGUGACCCGAUCUCCUCGUUCUUCCUCCACCCCUACCGCGGCCCCCUGUCCUAUAACCUCCUCAACGGCGCAUCUACCGGCUGGCCCCUGCCGUACCUCUUGUGGAGCCCUUACUCGCCGCUACAGCUCGAACGCCAGUCCUCGUCAUAUCACGGAGACCGCGGCGUGUUCUCGUCCCUGAUGACCUCCCUGGGUCGUUCGUCGGAGGAGUAUGAUCCCGCCGAGCCGCGAUGGCGGGAGGCGUUCGAGGAUCUCUUGCGCCUGGAGAAUGGAAAGCCUAUGCUUGAGCAGGACAAGAACGCGGUCGCGAAGCCGGAGUCUGGAAAGGACUGGCUGCUGGGUCUGGUGAAGCGGGGCAGCUUGGGGGACAAAUGGAGACUUGUUUCUACGCCUGGGACGGACGGGUGGCCGACUAUCGCUUUUGAUAGCGGUUCUCGGGUGCAAGGCGACAGUGCAGUGAAUAACGGGGGAGAGAAUGCUGGCGAGGCUACACUUACGGAGCAGGAUGUGUACGAUCGGUACUAUGACGAUAGCGUGGCCCGCAACCCGGAAUCUGCCCGCCGGUUCCAGGAGAGUUCCCUGUUGCGCUUGGUGCUCGAAGACGGCCGCCGUUUCAGAGAUAUGGUUCCUCGUGAGAUGCGUGAUGAGUACGACGGGUCUUCUGGUCAGCAACAGCAGCAGCAGCAAGCCUCAUCACAGGCUGAAGAACAACCUGUUGCCCCAAAGACCACACCUGCCUCGGUCGAAUCACCCUCACUCGCUGCAAACAAAACGUAUGUGGUUUCCACCCAGGUCCAGACUCAACGUGUCCGCCUUCCGGACGGCUCCAUUAAGACCAAGACCGUGCGAACCAAGCGCUUUUCCGACGGAAGGGAAGAGACCAACGAGUCAGUCGAUGUUGUGAAUCCGCGUCAGCCUGCUCAGGGUGAGCAACAGCAGCAACAACAACAACAAGAACAGUCUUCGGAUGGAUCCAAUCAGAACAAAGAUGGCUGGUUCUGGAAGGGAUGAUGUAUCGUUGUCUUUUUGCCUACCAUUCUUUUACCGGUGUUCUUGCGAUAUUCCCAUCCUGCUUGUUUUAGCGGUCUCAUUCUCCCUUGUAUCAUUGACUUUUGCGGUCUUGACUUACUUUCUGUGAUAUAGCUGGUUCGUUUUAUUUACGGUGAAUUCUGGUGUUAUGUUUGUGGAUUGCAUAACGGUAUCACCGUGGUCUAAAAGCGUGCUUUCUACUGGUAGUUCGUUGAUAGUUGAUCAGUUCAACCUGUAACUAACAUGACUGAAACGAGGUUCAAAUUUGAUCUGGUG